AUGGCAUCUGAAUCCUCUAGCAUCUCAGUCACUUCACAAAAUCAUGGUGAUUCAUCCAAAACAAAAAAUGUGGUGGAUAAGGAGAUUGAACAAGGUCAAUCUUCAAAAUCUGAUUCCAACAUGCCUAUUGAUUUUAUGAAGCUAUCGAAAGAGGAUUCGGUUGACGCGUCAACGGUGCAAGAACACAAUUUUUUUAGCCCUAUUCAAGUUCGUCGUUCGUGGUCUGAUUCUCCUAAGGCUGAUGAUGAAAAGAAAAAAGAGAAAACCACUGGAGAGAAGAACUCAGAGUCAAAGACGUCUUAUCCAUGCAACUUUUGCAUGAGAGAAUAUCCUACUUUACAAGCGUUAGGAGGGCACCAGAACGCCCAUAAAGCGGAACGUGCUUUACAAAAGCGGCGCGAACAAAGGUAUGGUGCUUUAGGGUUAGGACAAACUUACUUGAACCCUUGUUUUCGUUAUCCUAGUGCUCUUUAUUCACCCUAUGGAUCACUCGGGGUUAGAAUGAAUUCAAUGAUUCAAAAACCAUCUUUUUUUAGCCCUAGGGUUGCACCACAUAAUUUUGCAUAUGGUCAUGGUGGUAUGUAUUUGCAAGAGAGAUUAAACCCUUCCCUUGUUAAUUUGAGAAACAGUAUGGAAGGUAGUAGCAGGGUUGGAAUUCCAGGUCUUGGUGGUGCAACUUCUUCUAGAGUUGAAAAUGAUGCAAAUAACAAAAUUGCUGCUUUUCUAAAACUUGGAGAGUCUUCUAAAGAUGUUGCCACAAGUUCAAACUCAUUCAUAGAGAAGAAUUUUUUUGUGGCUCCUGCUCCUAUCAAAGAUGAAAUUCAUCAACCAAAGAUCAACACUGAAGAAGAACCUUCCGAUUCUGAAUCUUCUGGGCUUGAUUUGACCCUUAAGCUUUGA